UUGGCUCGGUUGUUAUGUCAAUAAUAUUUAUUUUUCGUUAUUUGUUCAAGGGCAACAUAACAUGUUACCGCAGUAGUGCUGUGCGACGAGGACUACAUCUAAAAGCUUGCCAACCCCGACCAGCAAUGAAUAAUAUUACCGACAUACACUACGGGCCACUGCCGGCGGAUUCGCCCUACGUGAAGCCGUUCCGCUUCCACUACACGCAGAACGGGAAGCAAAAGUCGUGGGACUUGCUGAAGGUGCACGAUUCGGUGUCGAUCGUGAUUUUUAACAUUACCCGGAAGAAGCUGGUUUUUGUCAAACAGUUCCGACCUGCCGUUUACCAUGGUAUCAUCAGUGGCGAUGGGGUGGAGCCGGGCAGCAUCGACAUGAAGAAGUACCCGCCGGAGCUUGCCGUCACGAUGGAGCUGUGUGCGGGUAUUAUCGAUAAACCGAUCUCCACGAUCGAAAUCGCCCGCGAAGAAGUACUGGAAGAGUGCGGAUACGACAUCCCGGUGGAGCGCAUCGAGGAAAUCAUUCGCUAUCGUUCGGGCGUCGGAACUUCCGGUGCCGAGCAGACGCUGUUCUACGCGGAGGUCACGGACGAGGACAAGAUCGCAUCGGCCGGGGGCGGCGUGGACGACGAAAUUAUCGAUGUCGUUGAGUACGAUCUGGAGGAGGCUCGAAAGCUCACCGACAAGGGGACGGUAAUAACCAGCCCGCCUUCCUUCUUGUUCGGAUUGCUCUGGUUCCUGACGAACCGUGCUCCAAAGAACUAACCUACUGUGAUAGAGAGAGAGAGAAAGCCGGAGCCAUCCACAGGAGGCAUUUUCCGUUUUUUUGCGAAAGGAAAUAAAAUAACACUCACGUUCUCCUUCCA